AACACCACCUGUUGCUUUGCUGAAAGUUUAGCAAUUGGUGCCAGCUUUCGGUUGAGUGCUUUUAGUUAAAAAAUUGUUGGAAUACGAACGUUGGCAAAUUUACGAUCAACAAAUGGUGUUUCAAUAGAAAUGGCAAAGGCUAUACAUUUGUGACUAAAAUAUUUAUUUAUUUAUUUAUUUAUUUGAAUAACAACCUUAUUACCAACAACCCUUUCUGUUCACUUAACGUUCGCUACAAGUGUCAAAACCCAGUAAAAAUGCCCGAAUUAGGGGAGCAAAUGUAUUGCUCCCAACAAAUAUGCAUUCCUCCAACUUUCCCAUACCUGCUACGUCAGUUCGCUAAAGCUGCCAUCAGGACUCAGCCCAAUGAUUUACUCAAAUGGGCCACUACUUAUUUCCGCUGCUUGUCCUUAAACAUCCCGCCACCAGUGAAACCUCGUUUGGAAUAUCCCAUCCCGAAGGACCAUCAUGGAAUGACUCCAGGAUGGUUGCGUGCUUUGCUGUACCAGAUGGCUGGAACUACUACUGUGACUUUCAAGGUCUUGUGGGAUCGGUGGAUUGGUGCUUGCUUGCAGCACCCAAAUCUUAUUCAAAUUUUGGUUCUUGGGGGAUUUGAGGACAAUAUGGCGGUCCCGUGGCUGCGGUUUAUCGGAUUAUGUGCAGCUCAUCUUACUGAAAAUUUGACUCAAACCAUGAUCCUCAUUUGUGAAAUUCUCACUGAAGAACCUGAAGGUGGUUCCGCCAUGAUAUGCGUGGAAAUUUUCGUCGAUUUGUACCAAUUUUUAGCAAGAAUUGAUGCUUCAAUACCUCAAACAUUAAGAAACUACUAUUUUUUGGAUAAGUUUUUGGAGCUUUACCAAGAAAAAAUUGCGAAAGAUUCUGGUGCCAAAGCACCAGAACAAGAUCAAGAAGAAGAACGUUCGAGUGCGGUUUCUACGGAGUCGAUGUUAAAGAGCGAAGGUGAUGGAAAAAAGGUGGACGAAACUUCAGUGGUAUCCUGUCCAAGUGUCACUAGUCAGGACCCAGACAAUUAUAUGAAAUUGUUGAUGAAAAUUAGACAGGAUGGCGAGGGAGAGUACUAUGAAGAUGAACUUAAAGAGCGAGAGCAACAAUCUGGUGCUGACGAUGAAGACCAAUCGCAGCGGUCUGUAAAAGUUUCAAUCGCUCCAACAAAGAAAGACGAUGCGAAAAUGGAUCAAGAGAAACCAGAUCAACAAGACACAGAAGAGCGGAAGUCUGUACGAUCGACUAAAGAAGAAGAUGAUGAAGGAAAAGAGGAAGCAGAACCAACAGAUAAGAAGUUUUCGGAACAAUUAGCACAAGACGUAAAGAAGGACCUUUUUCCCAGUGACAAAGAGGACAACGUUUCUAGAGAUACUCGAGCCUCUUCAGUUCGAGACAAAUCUGUUUGUGACGAUACACAGCCAGAGAAACUAGAAGAAAAUGAGUAUUUUUUGGAAGAUUUAGAGAGAUUACGAGCGGUUCAACAAGAACUGAUGGGUGAAGGCGAUGAAGAAUUGGAAAAAUUCAAAGCAAGUAUGCUGGCUGACGCAGGUUUGACUCCUUCGCAAAUUGUGGCACCUGAACAUUUUGAAACAAAGCUUCCGGAACAAGAAAUUGUUUCACCUGAAACUGGGUCAGCAAAGUCUAGUGAGACGUUGUCGAGUGAAGCGACAGACAAAGUUAAGCCACCAAGUGAAGAGAGAGAAUAUGAAGAUGUAUUUGUUGACGCCGUCCCUGGAAUUGGUCCCAAAGUUCCAGAGAAAAUGAUUGCUACAGUCAUUAAUUUCAUGAAGGAAACGGCAAAAGUACAGCAUGGGAUGGUGAUGCCGAGAAAUAUAAGGCACUUUGAGUGUCCACCUUUGGAAGUUUCUCGCUUAUAGAAUGUUAAUGAAAUUUAUCAGUAAUAAAAUGAUAGGGACAACAUUUUUCUCAACUACUAAAAUAAUUAUUUUUGGUCUAAAAUUUCAUUGAUAUUUUAUUUGUUAAAAGUGUUUUUAUAGGGUUAGAUCAUUAAUUAUAAUAAAACGACAUUAUCAAGAUUUUGUAAUCUUGAAAGAAAACAGAAUAUGGACAAUUGAGAGAAAUAAGUGCAGUAUUUGGCGAAAGCUUAGUUAAGACAUCGGUACUACGCGUCGCUAAGGCUAUUUUAUAUUAACGCAAAAGUUAUUAAAGUAAGUUUUAAUGUCUACUAUAUGUUAAGUUGUAAUUUGACUUACAUUCUUAAUACUUUGACCCGGUUUAUAGAAGCUCAGUUAAAUAUUUGAUUGCGAUUAAAUUUUUAACUCGGUAAUUAAAAUACUACGUGACCGGUUCUACGCCAAUCAGACGUCGCUAAACGCCUCGUUAAAUGCGUAAUUAAUUUAAUCUCAAUUAAAAUAUUGUAUAAACUGACUGUAAAUGUUAUACUUGGUAAUUUUUAACUACAGUUUAAUGUUUCUGUUGCUAAAAGAAUAAACUGAGU